UAUCUGAAGUCCGUAUAUCUCCUGAUGUUCUUCUGGAGCACUCUGUGCCUUCUUCCUGCCUGGUUCCUUCGGACUCAUUCAGUUUAUCAGGUGAUAAUGUGGCAACAGCCAUUCAAACAGCCAGCAACAAACAGCCUGUUAUAAACCCAGCUGUUCUUGAAGAACAGAUUCAACCAGAUAUUCCAGUUGCCUCUUUGAAUGUAAUUGAAGAGAAGACUUCAGUUACAUCAACCGUUGCUUUGGUUGAUGCUGAGACACAGAGAACAAAUGAAGCAAAGAGCUACCUUCAACAAGCUGUUGCAAACCUAGAAAUCAAGCUUUGCACUGCUGAAGAAGAAAAAUUAAAAAUUAAAAAGGAAUUAGAAUCUUUACUGGAAAAACAUAGUAUUCUUGAAAUGGAUUUCCUGAAGGAAAAAAAAGAGAAAGUAACUUCACAUCAAGAUCAUUACAAGACACUCCAGGAAAAACAUAAGCAGGAGUUAGCAGACAUGAGAAAAGCUGGACAUGAAGCUUUGAGUAUUAUUGUUGAAGAAUUCAAGGCACUGCUACAAUCUACAGUUCAGCAGCAAGAAACAGCUCUUGAAAAACAGUAUAUACUGGCAAUUGAAAAACAUUCUCACAAAUGUGAAGAACUUCUUAACGCUCAGCAUCAGCGACUUCUCAACAUUUUGGAAGCAGAGAAGGAAGUGUUCUCAGAAAAAAUAGAAGAAGCUUUGAUGCAGCAGUCAAAAAAACACAAGGAAGUGCUUGACCAAUGUUUGGAUGAAGAAAGACAAAGAAGUAAGGAGGCUCUGGCAGCUGCUGCCAAGGUUGAAAAAGAAGUAGUGCAGGAGGCUGUUCUGAAAGCAGUAGAGGAGGAAAGGAGAAAUAUGGAGAAGAUUCAUGCAGAAGAAAGAAAAAUGUGGGAAGCAGAACGUGACAGACAUAAAGAGAAGAUUGCCCAGGCUGUUCAUGAAGCCAUGCAAGAGCAAAGAAAGCAUAAUCAAGAAAUGGUCAAGGAAGCAUUAAUGGAAGAGCAAAAACGAAGUGAAAAGGCAAUUGAAGAAGCAGUGAAAAGGACAAGAGAGGAACUGAUGGAAUAUAUUAAAGAGCAGAAGAGGCUUGAUCAAGUUGUCCGUCAGAGAAAUCUAUGUAGUUUGGAACUUUUCCUCUCAUGUGCACAGAAACAGUUAAAUGUUCUAUUAAAGGAAGAGCCAACAUCUAUGGAGGAAAAGAGAGAGACUGACAUUCUCAAUACUGCUGAUACGGUGUGAUUUGUAAAGCUGCAAAUCUCAAUCUGACAAAUGAUGAAUAUAUUCUAAUAUUGGGAUUGUACCAUUGGUUCAAGAUUGAUCAGAUACUAUGCUUAGAAGAAGUAUUUGUGGAUUAUGUUCUUCUAUUUAUUUAUUUAUUUUACUACUAGUGUCAGAUCACAAAUAUGGGAAGGAAAAAUAAAACCUGAAAAAAAUUGUUUUAUUUAUGAUUUUUCUUUCAUUAUAUUUAGUAGCCUGUGAUUGAAGUUCUUGGUAACUGCAGCUGUGAUGAAAAUGUUUCCCUAUUAUGUCUGUUUUAGAUGAGGCAUCAUAUGUUGAUGUAAUUUAUCAAUAUUUUUGGUCUUUCAAAAAUGGAGAAAAGCAUUUAAUUGACUAUAGAUGCAAAUCCAUCUCUAUUUCUGAAGUGUAUGCCCAAGUUCAUUGCCUCAACUGAGCCUUCUUAUUUCUUACUACUUUUGAUGUACAGCAGAAGAAUCAGAACAGAUACAUGAGAGUUGACGUGCAUUUUUAUAAACAACUCCAGCUCUAGUAAUAGAAAAGUUUAAAAACUAAACAGUGCAUCUUUUUAGAGUAGUGCAAAACAUUGCCAUAACCAAUGUAUAGUAUGUAUUUUAUUUCUGUUUUAAAACCUAGCUUGAUUCCAAAAGUCAUUUUCUCAUGAAAAUGCGAUUAAUGUGACUGACCUCAGUUCCAGGAAGAAGAUGUAUGUAAUUAUGUGGAGACUGAUACUGCACUGCCUCAGUGGAAUUUCUGACGGAAUAAGGAGUGCAGCUUGCUGACCUCAGAUGCCCUUUCUAAACCCAUUGAAGGAAGCAGAAAAUCUCCCCACUGAUAUUACUGAACUUUGGAUCAAGUCGUAGGUCUUUCUAGUCUUGCUAACGGCAGCAUCGAGUGGAAUUUCUCUGCCUACACUCUCUUGAUUGUAGAUUUGGGGCCUUAGUUAUAAAAGAGUUCUGAAUGAAAUAAGGAAAAUUAAAUGUUCAUGCUUAGAAAUGUAAAUAAAUGAAGAAUGGUAUCUCUUCUGGUGACCUUGUGAUUCAGUGGGGGACUUAUGGGCAUUUUUUGUGUGGUUCUUGUUAUUCAGUGGUGCUUGUGUGGGGUUUUUUUGUUUGGCUGUGUUUUUUACGUCGGCACUCACUUUUCAUAAAUUGCUUUUUUAUAGCCAUAAGGAAACAGAAAAUGGUUGGAUAUGUAUUUGGCAGAAUGAAAUAUGGAUUGCAGAGAGUUAAGCAUUUUAUUUAAAUCUUUUUCUGUGCUUCAUUUUUGGAAUCAAAACCAAGGGUUUUGUCUUCUGCAUGCAAAAUUUCACUGAAGAAGUUAAUAAUGCUGUUUUUUCUAGGUGAUGACCUCACCCUACAAAGGGAUGAAAAUCCGGUCUUCUUUUUGAUAUUUCUUGAUUGACUGAUGAGUUUCCAUUUCUUACGGCAGACAAAAAAAAUAGUGUUAAUGAGUCACCUACUUAUCGUUCCUAAGCCAGUGAAAUCCUUGUAUAUGUCAAUUGCACCAAAGAUGACAUGGAUGUUGUCAUGGUUUAACCCCAGCUGGCAGCUAGAGCCACGGGGCCGCUCGCUCAUCCCCCCUUUCUCCUCUAGGAAGGGGAGGGAGAAGAGGGAGAAAAGUAGAGGAAAGUUAAAAAAAAACCUCGUGGAUUGAGAUAAAGAUAGUUUUAUAGAACGAUAUCAGAAAAGGAAAAUAACAAUACUAAUAAUGACACAAGUUACUCUUAGUGCCGGGUGAUUUGGCACCAUCGCAAACAGUGAUCACAAGUAUCCAUCCCCCAGCUAAACCCAUUUAUGUCCUGAGUAUGACAUCUAUGGUAUGCAAUAUCCCACUGGCCGUUCCACCAUUCUGCCUGUGCUUCUUCUCAGCUUCUAUGGGAAGCUGGAAAAAGUCCUUGAAAACUAUAAAUGUCGCCUGGCAACAACUAAAACAAUAUGUUGACAUUCCUUUGGUACCAAAUCUGAAACACAACGACCGCUAGAAAGAAAAUGAACUGUGUCCCUGAAACCAGGACAGGUAUCCAGGUAGGUUUUUUGGAAAGUAGAGACAGUGCAAAAUGAAGUUCUCUAGUGCUGUCUCACAAUCAAUGUUUAAUUGUGGAAAUGUGGUAUGAGCAGAUUCCUAGAUGAACUUCAACAUUAUUGUUUCUUACUUCUAGGUCUUUAGAUGAAAUAGUAUUCCUUUUUACUAAAGACCUCAAACUGUUCCCCAUCAAAGCCAGAGCCUUAGCGGUGUAUGAGUAUCCUCCUACUAAAGAGUUUUGUUUUCUGACUUGCAACAAUAUGUAAAAGCAUUUGUUGGAGAAGUUUAUGAUUGCAUUGCCAACUGUGGUGUAUCAUAGACUACUGUCCAUCAAAUCCAUAUCUCCCCAGUUCGGAAAGAAGGAUGUUGUGGGGACCAUGUCAAACCCCUUAGAAGUCCAGACAGACAACAUCUGUAGCUCUUCCCACAUUCACUGAUGUAGUCACUCCAUCACAGAAGGCCCCGAGGUUGGUCAGGCAGGACUUGUCCUUGGUGAAGCCAUGCUGGCUCUCUCUUUUGUAUGGUGUCUUUAGCUAAGAUACAGAUAUAUUUGAAUUUUUGCCUUGCUCUAAGAAUCUCAUUGGCAAAUGCCACUUGAAUUCCUUCAAGCAUAUAACUCCUUGACUCCGUCAUAAGAAGGCAGAACAAAGGAAAAGCAGUAGUCAUUCCAGACACUGAGAUCACAUUAGUGUUUUGAGAUCUUUUGUGCACUGUCCACAUAUUUGAGUUUACAGAUUUUUCCCUACCCCUUGGAUGGAGGGAAUAUGUGAUAAGAUUUCACCUUGUUUCCUAGCACCUUGUUCAUCAAAGGGACAGAUGGAAUUUAUGCUCGCUUUCAGAUCAUGUAUAGCAUCAGAUUAUCAAAUAGAUAUCAGUUAUCAAAUAGACUUAGUGCAAAUGUAAAAUGAGCUAGAUUGGGGCAUACCCAAUCUGUAUUGCAGCUAAUUAGCUUUCUUGAUGCCGGAUGGUUAGUUGUUAAAACAGAGCACAGCACUUACUAACUAGCCACUUACAUCUUCCUGCUCUGGCUGCAUUGCAGCCUCACUGAGCUACCUGCAAUACAUAGUUUAACUAAUUUUGGUGCUGUAAACUUGGCUGCAGGGGAGUGACUAACCUGUGAGUGAGAUUGCUUUCAAAAUUUUUACAUGGCCAUUCCAAAUACUGUCUAGAAAUUACAUAUCUGACAUUCCUUUUUUGGCAAUGGGUUAUAAAUGUGCCUAACGAACAUUGGCCUGGAAAACAUUUUUUACAUGGGUAUAAUUUGGGCCUUCAGUUCAAUUCAAUGUGUUUGCAGGAACUGCCGCCACAAAUGUUUUCUUUUGUGUGAUCUGUCCAAGAAUAUUGUUCUUUUAAGGCUUCAAGAAUGGAUGACUUAUCCGCUAGUACAGCUUAAGGACAGAUUUCUUUAUUAAUUUUUAAGCCUAUGUAAAAUUAAUAAUACUGUUGCUGAAUUAGGGUCACAUUUGAACAGUUGAACGUGAUGGGGAAACCAUCUGAGUUGCACUCUGUUUGGCUCAAAUUUCAUAUUUGCCUUUGAAAGCGUAUGCUUCCUUAGCUAAAGGAAAGCCCUGAGGUGUGUGGACUUCUCCUUGUAGACAUUACCUAAGCAAGUUCACUUGCCAUGGUGAUGCUGUGGCUAAAAUCGUCCUCAUCAGUCUUGCCUCAUGCCAUUUGCCACAGAUACACAUUUGCCACGUGCCAUGUGGUAGGUUGUGGUGUUUGCAUUUCUGUGGGAAGCAUUGCAUUCUAAAGACCUAGAGUAAUGUCCUGAAAGUGGGGAAAAUCAACUGUAGGUGCUGGUGACUCCAGAGUGUUUAGCAAGACAAAAUAGAGAUGAUUAAUUUUUUUUUGAUUGAUCUUUUUUAUUGUUGUGUGUAUUUUUAAACUUGUUGUAUUGCCUUUGAGUGAUAUGACAUUCUUGAUAAUAAACAUAUUGUUAUCCUGUGAUAAUAACAAUAAUUUCCUGUGACAGAUGUGGUCAGUAUUGUAUCCACAUCUUACAUGCGGUGUAAUUAUAGCAAUUUUAAUAUGCGUAAGAGAUUCACAUUUGUUUGUAUUUCCUGUAAUUCCUCACAUUUCAGACUUACAAAAUCAGCAUUUUUUAGAUGCUUUCCAUUGUCCAUCAUGGAUAAUGUGAUACACAAAGAAAGUGUUAUUGAAUAAACACUCAAGACUAUUUUAGGAUUUUUUGAACUUUGAAGGAUGUUUGGGUUUUUGUACUACUACCAAAUUAGGGCAUCAGUUAAGACUUCACAUUGCUUUCACUACACAGUUUUUCAGAAAAAUAGCUGGUCAUGUUGAUACAUGGCCAGCCUCUGUUUUUGUGGCAAUAAUUUUGAGUAUUUUAUUACUUAAACACCCCACUCUUUUAUUGUGACCAUAGAUUACAUAUUUAGAGAGUGAUUGUGAACUUCUGGCUCCCAGGAAGUCCUCAGGAAUUCUGCUGUUGGUUAUUUUCAGCUUAAAAUUUCAUCCUUCCUCAUAUUUUUUGCAAUUGUGACUAUAAUGAGUAUAAUGCAAAGAGCUUUGUCUUUGUAUAGUUCUGGCUAUGUACCGAGAAGUUAUUUCAAGAGCAGGUUUCAUGAUCAGUUCUUUGAAGAAAAUGUCAGCAUUUGUUCUGUUCAUGGUAUAGUGGGGAAGGGGGUCAAGAUGUUGGCUGAGACCUUGCUGAGGGGGUACGUAUGUCUUAUUAUUGCUAUCCUACUGCUAGAAAGAAUGUAUUUUCAUAUUCUCAUUGAAAUAAGUUUCUUCUCCUUUGGUAUAUCAGAACUAAUAGUGACUGUAGUAUUCCCUACUGAAAUGCCUAGAAAAAACUCAUUUGGUUACAUCAACAAAAUCACUAUCAAAAAUCAGUCCAUUUUCAGAUCAGGCUUGACAGCAGUGGAAACAUGAUGGUAAAUGUAAGCUGCUACUCUUUGUUAUGAUCCCUUUGACUACUGGUUUUACUUCACAAAGAAAAUAGGGUCUUUAUGAAAUACUUCAUCUCCUGCAAAUUCAACUGCCUAAUGAAGUUUACAGCUGAAUAGUAGUUUGAUAAAAAGCUGGAUGAGUUUUGUCAGGGUGAAAGAGUCAUAUAAAUGAGAGCAUUUUGCUUUUGUUACGGAUUAUUGUUAGAAAGAGUCAAAAUCUCUCCUGGAAUGUCAGCAGCCAAGGGUUUCAGUGGCUGCCUGAAUGCAACAGAACUGCAUUUGGUCUAUUUGAAACAGUAAUGUUGAUGCUGGAAAAUACGAUUAUUUCAGAAAACUGUCCAUAUGCAAUUUUCCAACUUUUGUCUUAUUAAGAGUUUUUUGCAGGUUUUUCAUGUGUUCCUUGCCCUAGGGCAAAAGAAACAGUGUUACCCAUAAAUGUUUAUGAACACGAUGGUGCAGCAAAAGGAGGAGUUGUAAGCUAGGUGGAAUUUAUUUUCUCCAUACUCUUUUGGUAGUUUGGGCAAGGAUAUUUGAGAGAAUAGAAGUUCUCUAGAUGCAGAAAACCAAAAAUUGUGGCUUGUGAAUUGAGAGGGAUUUGGUGAGGAAGAAGAGACAAAGAGGUAUUAUUUUAUAAUGUAAACUAUGUGGUAUAUUAAGAGAAAGAAAAGAUGUGAUUUCAUAGAAUGAAGGGGAACGACAGGUUUGAAUGAGAAGUGCAGACAGGAGGUUCAUCCUCUAGAAUGCACUCAUCUGAACCAACAGACUUCUCAGAUGUAAAUGGCAAAAUGAGUAAAGAAAAAAGAAAGGUGAAGAUUCAUGUUUCCCAUGCAGUUUGAAGAAUAAUUGGUUUCACAACUCAGAACUUCUGAAACUUAACAGUGGUUUCUGUAAGGAUGUAGACAAUUUACCCAGAACAUCUCAUCUUCCGGAAGAUAGUACUAUAUGACAAUCUGUACUUCAAAACAACAUCCAAAUUAUCAAAAUAAAUAAAAUUAAAAUUUGUGCUUUGUAAAGCUUAAAAGCAUUACAAGGCUGACAUGUUGAGACCCAAACAUGUUAGUCUGACAAAUGUCAAUAGAGAUUCCUGGGCGUCUUUAACAAAAUGUUUUCAGAGCUGCGCUGGGGGUACUACUGCAUCAGGAUGAUGAAUGUAUUCUUGCUUGAUUGUUACACUAAUAUUAAAAACAAGUUAUAUACAGAGUGGAAAAGUCUUUUAAUGUCUGCCAAAUAAAAUGGAAAGGGAUCCAGAUGUUGUGUUCAAAGAUAAUGUAGCAUCUGUGCAUUUUCUUGGGAAUAAGAAAUGUAUUUAGGUGUCAGGCAAAAUAAUUUUUCAUUUACAGAGAUAGGAAUAAAAUUUUGUGUAAGCUCAAGACAGCAGCGACAAAGAUCUACAAAAGACUGAUAGUUACAUGGUUCAUGAAUGACAGGAUUAUUCAAAGGAAUACAAAUAACUACAAGCACAGUCAGCAUCAAAUUGCACUCGAUUAUGUAUGUAUCGUAGUCAUAAUGUGUAUGCACAGUUUUCAAGACAAUUUUACUUCAAUAAAUUCUUCAAAGAACAAGUGAGUUGAAGGAGGGGAUGACAAGAUCAUCCUCCAUUGUUUUUGAGAAGGAUCCAAAUGGAUGGUUGAUUGGUUUAUUGCAUGUUGGGGCCAAAUGCUACUACCUUUUCUGAUGCAUAAGCAUACAGAAGUGCAUGCUGGUUUUCCCAAAGCAAUCAUAUAGCACAAUUGUCUCUACCAAUUAGAUGUUUUAAUCAUAUUUUUCCUGUUGGUUAAGCUUCAAUAAAUCAAGCCGGUAAGUGAA